GGGGUCUCACCGCCGUGUCCCGCGCAGAUGGCGCCCGCCAAGAAGGGCGGCGAGAAGAAGAAGGGCCGCUCGGCCAUCAACGAGGUGGUCACGCGCGAGUACACCAUCAACAUCCACAAGCGCAUCCACGGCGUGGGCUUCAAGAAACGCGCCCCCCGGGCACUCAAGGAGAUCCGCAAGUUCGCCAUGAAGGAGAUGGGCACCCCGGACGUGCGCAUCGACACCCGGCUCAACAAGGCGGUCUGGGCCAAGGGCAUCAGGAAUGUCCCAUACCGGAUCCGUGUGCGUUUAUCCAGAAAGCGUAACGAGGAUGAAGAUUCCCCAAACAAACUUUACACGUUGGUUACCUAUGUGCCUGUCACCACUUUCAAAAAUCUGCAGACAGUCAAUGUGGAUGAGAACUGAGCUGAUGAUGCAAUAAACUAAGAAAUGACAUUUGUA